AUGCUUAAAAAGGAGAGUAUCACUCUGCCUGAGAAUAAUAAGGAUAUCAGGGUGCCUGGAGCUACAGCCCCAGGAGAUAUCAUUAUUGGUGGAAUCUUCCCUAUUCAUAAAGCUGUAGAAAAAAAGAAUGACUCAUUUGCACCCCACGUUCAGCAGUGUGUUGGGCUUGAUGAAAGUGGCCUGACAAAGGCUCUGGCUAUGAUCAAUGCAGUAGAGAUCAUGAAUAAAUCCCCUCCGCUGGCUGCUCUUAACAUCACACUGGGUUACCAGAUCCAGGACUCCUGCGGUGAUGUCAGCACAUCUCUGAGGGCCACAGCAUACUUCACCCAGCAGACCUGCUGCCACACAGAAAGCAACACCUCUACAUGUGGCCAACCAGUCAUGGCCGUCAUAGGAUCCUCUUACUCUGAAGUAUCUAUUGCUAUUGCCAGGGAACUGACCCUCAAGAUGAUUCCACAAAUCAGCUAUUCAUCAACAGCUGUGACUCUGAGUGAUAAAAGUCGCUUCCCUGCCUUCAUGAGAACCAUUCCUAAUGAUGAGCAUCAGACAGCUGCUAUGGUCACAUUGAUCAAAUCCAAUGACUGGAACUGGGUAGGAAUAAUUACCACAGAUGGAGAUUAUGGACGAUCGGCGCUUGACAACUUUGUGUCCCAGGCCUUGGAGAAGGGAAUCUGUGUGGCCUUCAGAUCAGUCCUUCCACAGUCUGAAACCAAUCCAGUUGCUGAUAUCAACCAGACAGCCAGAACCAUCUCCGAGAAUCCCAACGUAAAAGUAAUCGUGUCAUUUGCCAAGCCAUCUCACAUGAAGCACCUUUACCAAGAGCUGAGGAAUCAGGCGCUGACAAAAGGAAACAACUUAGAGUCAUUAAAAAGAGUGUGGGUGGCCAGUGACAGCUGGUCCUCCUCUGGCUUUGUACUGGGAAACUUAACUAUGGAGGACAUAGGACAAAUUGUAGGCUUCACCUUCAAACAUGGAAACAUGUCAUCUUUUUGUGAGUAUCUGAGCAGGCUGGAGGCAGCUGGACACAACUACACAGGGAAUAACUCCUUCCUGAGAGAGUUCUACAAUCAGGUGUCUAAUUCUGUGAAGACCCCCACAGAACAUCUUCAGGCUGACACUAUCUACAGUGUUGAGAUGGCUGUGAGUGCCAUCGCUCAGGCUGUGGCCUCUAUCUGCAGGAGGAGAAACUGCAAAACACCAGGCACAGUGCAACCCUGGGAGGUGGUACAAGCUCUGCGGGAGCAGGAGUUUAAGCUAGAAGGGAAAAGGUACAAGUUUGACAAAGGAGGAGACAUCAACCUGGGCUAUGAUGUGACGAUGUGGAGGUCACAUGAAGGGAACAUUACUGUCCGUAAUGUUGUGGCUGAAUAUCACCCAGACAAAGAAACCUUCACCUUCAUUAACCACAACACCUCUGAACAGCUGCCUGAAUUGAAGAAAGUCACCUCAAAAUGCUCAAAAAGCUGCAACCCUGGACAGUCCAAGAAAACAGCAGAGGGUCAACACACCUGUUGUUACCAGUGUAUCAACUGUACAAAGAACCACUACUCUGAUGAAACAGAUAUGGACCAGUGUCUGAGGUGUGACCCAAACACAGAGUGGUCUCCUGAAGGUAGCUCCAGCUGCCUGCCCAAAACCCUUCACUUCUUCCACUGGGAGGAUGGCUUUGCUGUCGUGCUCUUGAUGUUUUCAGCCAUAGGUAUCCUCCUGUCUCUCCUGGUGUCUGCUCUGUUUCUACGUCAGCAUGACACUCCUGUAGUGAAGGCUGCUGGAGGACCGCUGAACCAGGUCGUCCUGUUCUCUCUGGUUGUCAGUUUCAUCAGCGCCAUGCUGUUUGUAGGCCGGCCCAACGGCUUCCAGUGCAAGGCUCGACAGGUGCUCUUCGGCAUGAGCUUCACUUUAUGUGUCUCCUGCAUACUGGUCAAGACCCUGAAGAUCCUGUUGGCCUUCCAGUUCAACCCUGAGCUGCAGGAAGUUCUACGGAGACUCUACCAGCCUUUUGUUAUUGUCAUUGUCUGUGUGGCCAUACAGGCAGCCAUCUGCAUCUGCUGGUUGGUCCUAAAAAGUCCAUUUAAUGACACCGAGAAGUUUCCAACUGCUCUGCUGGAGUACUGCCAUGAGGGCUCAUAUUUGGCCUUCGGAGUGAUGUUGGGCUAUAUAGCUGUCUUGGCCUUUGUGUGUUUCAUCUGUGCCUUCAAAGGGCGUAAAUUACCACAGCAGUAUAACGAGGCGAGGUUCAUCACCUUCAGCAUGCUGCUUUACCUCAUUUCCUGGCUGCUUUUUGUUCCUGUCUAUGUCACCACUUCAGGAGUGUACCUGCCCGCUGUGGAGAUGGUGGUCAUUCUCAUCUCCAAUUAUGGCAUCCUUAGCUGUCAUUUCUUCACAAAGUGCUAUAUAAUAAUUUUUAAGAAGAAGCAAAACACAAAGAGCGUUUUCAGGAGGAAACUGUAUGAAUAUUCCAGUGAAACCACAAAGUCAUAUUCUGUGUUUCAGAGUUCAGCGUCAUGGCAACAGAGCAGCAGUGAGUGCAGCAUCAUCAGUUAUCCGUCCCUCUCCAUGACUGCAGCCGAUUCUUUCAAACCUGUGAUGGUGACAAACUGCAGAGUGUGCAACUGCACAAGUUUGCACAGAGGUAUAAUCACACGACACAAUUGCCUCAGAAGAAGGACCAGCAUAUAA